AGCCCCCUCCCUCUUUCUCACUCGCUAUCUGUCUCUCCCUCCCUCUCCCGUGCAUCCUCCCCCACAGCAGCAGCAGCAGCAGCUUAACACCGCAUCCAGCUUCCUCCAGCAUCCACCCGAGGCUGGGAAGGAAGCAGCAUCAAGUCCUACCCGGGCGCCACCACUCCGACCCACGGAGGAGGAAGAGAAGCGAAUAGAGGAAGAGGAGGAGGAGGCGGGUGGGGGGGGGGGGCAUCCUCACCAUCCGAGUGAUGCCACAGCAUCAACUGCAUUCGGAGCAAGAGCGCUGAGAGUUGAUCUUGUAUUUUAGCGGGUGAGAGGAAGAGAGGAAGCGUUUCCAUUCUCGAAGACAGCCACAAACUACCCAUGAAGAUGUCCAACGCUGACAUCGUCCACAACGCCGCCGAUCGGAUGGUGAAAUCUGUCCCCUUUCCCCUAAGUCACCGUCUUACCAUGAAAGAAGUGUUCGACUGCGAAGGGAAGCCUCGCGUGGACCUCCUGAAGGCCCAUCUUACCAAGGAGGGCCGCGUGGAAGAAGCCGUGGCAUUGCGAAUCAUCAACGAAGGGGCGACAAUCCUGCGCCAAGAGAAAACUAUACUGGACAUUGAGGCACCAGUCACAGUUUGUGGGGACAUCCAUGGGCAGUUCUUUGACCUGAUGAAGCUUUUCGAAGUGGGAGGCUCACCGGCCACAACGCGUUACCUUUUCCUGGGGGACUAUGUCGACCGUGGCUACUUUAGCAUUGAGUGUGUUUUAUAUCUUUGGUCACUGAAAAUCCUCUAUCCAAAGACACUAUUUUUACUGCGUGGAAAUCAUGAAUGUAGACAUUUGACAGAAUAUUUCACCUUCAAACAAGAAUGUAAAAUCAAAUAUUCGGAGCAGGUGUAUGACUCAUGCAUGGACGCGUUUGACUGCCUUCCUCUGGCUGCGCUCAUGAACCAGCAGUUUCUGUGUGUCCAUGGCGGACUCUCACCUGAAAUUCACACAUUAGAUGAUAUUAAAAAGUUGGAUCGAUUUAAGGAGCCGCCGGCUUUUGGCCCCAUGUGUGACCUGCUAUGGUCGGAUCCUCUGGAGGACUUCGGCAAUGAGAAAACCCAGGAAUAUUUCAGCCACAACACAGUGCGAGGCUGCUCCUACUUUUACAGUUAUCCAGCUGUGUGUGAGUUCCUACAGAGCAAUAACCUCUUAUCAAUUAUCCGAGCACAUGAGGCACAAGAUGCAGGUUACCGGAUGUAUCGUAAAAGUCAGACCACAGGAUUCCCAUCCCUCAUCACCAUCUUCUCUGCACCAAACUACUUGGAUGUUUACAACAACAAAGCUGCUGUACUCAAAUAUGAAAACAAUGUCAUGAACAUCCGACAGUUCAACUGCUCGCCUCAUCCUUACUGGCUGCCCAACUUCAUGGACGUCUUUACCUGGUCGCUGCCGUUUGUUGGAGAGAAAGUCACAGAGAUGCUGGUGAAUGUGCUGAGUAUAUGCUCCGAUGACGAGCUAAUGAAUGAUGAAGAUGAGAUAUUUGACGCCAACGCAGCUGCAGCCCGCAAGGAGGUGAUCCGAAACAAGAUUCGUGCUAUUGGAAAAAUGGCCAAAAUGUUCUCAGUCCUCAGAGAGGAAAGUGAAAAUGUGUUGACGCUCAAGGGCCUGACGCCCACCGGCAUGCUGCCGAGCGGGGUUCUCUCUGGGGGCAAACAGACGUUGCAGAGUGCCACCAUUGAAGCCAUUGAAGCCAUCGAGACGAAUGAUGAGGACAGAGAAGCCAUCCGUGGCUUUUCCCCCCAGCACAAGAUCACCAGUUUCGAAGAAGCCAAGGGCCUGGACCGCAUCAAUGAGCGCAUGCCCCCUCGCAGGGAUGGUGUCAACCACGUGGGUCACUCCAUGGGCAAGAUGAAUAUGUCCGAGGAAAACGGCACGGAUGACAACAGCAACAUCCAGUGAGCCUUGGUUGGUGACGGUGGUGGUUGUGGUGGUGAUUAGGGGGGAUGCGACCUUGCAGAUUUUCCCCCGAGCAGUGAGACAUUGCCAAAUCGAAAUUCAGGCCUCAGAACACAGAAACACAAACGGGACCACAGCAGACAGACAGACAGAAGGUGAUCUGCAGCAAAUGUAAAAUGAGCAACAAGGUCAUUUAUUUGGUGACAGAAUGUGAAGGGGGGGGGGGGGGGGGUCAAGGGGGCUGCAUUGUGGGUAAAAGUUGUCUGCCUAUUGUUCCCUUCCUCUGCUCAAGUACAGACUGAACUACUGUAAAUCAGACAUUGUGUUGGUGACACACAUGACUGACACAAGGCAUAAUUUCAGUAUUCAUGCCAUGCAAAUGAGUUAAAAAAUUAUUAUUUUUUAACAAAAUGUUUAUAUCAAGCCACUCAGAUUCACAGCUUGCAGAUAUGUAUCUUGUUCAGAAAGUAUAAAAACAGAAUACCUUGGGGAAAAAAAAGAAAGCAAAAAAAGUGUUUUCAGUACACUUAGCACUGUCUGGCAACAAACCAUAUUUGGCUACUUUAAAAUGGACCCCUGUCAGUCUGAGGCAGGGAAUUUUGCCAACUAAUCAGCUAAGAAAACUAAUGAUAAUAAUGACAUUUUAAAAAUCAUGCAGUGUGGUUGUACACUAUUGGCAUCAAACCAUAUUUGGUUACUUGAACUAAAUUCAACCUGCGCUAUUUGAAGCGAUGUCAGAGUCUGAAGCCAACACAAUAAAUUGUAUUCCUACAACAAUAAAAUAAAGUAUAAUCCUUUUUAUAAAAGUUGCAAAUGUAAAAAAUAAUAGUCCUCCAACAAUAGGGUUAAAAAAUUAAUUCCCAAGAAAUCAAAUGGCUAAUAUGGCAAGUGUUAAAGUGGAUUAUUUUAUUUAUUUACCUUGUAUUGAUAUUUUCUUGAAAGACAAACGGUAAAAAGUCACUGCAGUGUGAGAUUAAACCUCCACAUGACUCGCCGCCAGUCAUCUCCUAGCAACUCGAAGGAGUUGAGGGCAGAAAAGAGGGGGGAUGGGAGACUAAUCUUGGUAUUUAUAGUAUCUUUUAAGAAUGUGAAAUGGGUUGAAUUUUUAUUUUUACGAAAGGCCGUUCUCACAGACCCAUCACCAUUAUUUGUGCUCAUGUCGGAAAAGCAUGGCAUUACCUUGCACAUCCUCACUUUCUGGAAGAAAAAAAAAAUCACUCGAGCAUCCUCCUCCACUGAAGAAGUUUCAGCAAUCACGCCUGCGUUGCUAUAGGACCGGUUAACAGAGGUGAAAAAGAGAAGAGGUUUUGGUAUUUUAUUAUAUAUCCUGCUUGUCCAGAACUGCCCGAGAUGUGUGCUAUCACUCAGGUGUGCAUUAAUAUCUACACACACUACUUUAUCAACAUGAGAAUUCUACAAUUUACAGAAUAAAAUGUUUUAUGUUAAAUUAUAUGGGGGGGGGGGGGGCUCAUUUAUUUUUGAUGACGAAUCUGACAAUAGAACUUCACUUGUAAUUAAAUAACCCCUGCCCCCCCCCCCCCCGCGAUCCAAUGGAGUUAUAAAAGACAAUUUGUAAAGUCACUAAAGUAGGAAGUCCAAAUGUUAAGAAACGCUAUCAGACACAUUUCUGGAAUUAAAUUUUCUACUCCAUUAUUUUAAUGGUAAAGGUACUGUAUGUGACUCAAGGAUGGACAAAACAGUGAUUUUAAACACAGCAUCUAUGGUACGGAACGCAUCAAUGCAUGCAGUUAAGUUCCUAAUUGUAAUGUGAGAUAAUUGUGAUACUGUAGUCGUGUUUCAAAUAGUUAACUUGAAUUAUUUUGAUUAAAUUUAAUCUGUUGUUUCAUUUGUCUUGUUUUAUAAAUUUUAUAAAUAGGCUUCCUUCUUGUUUUUGUCCAUUUUUUUCAUUUAUGUUAUUACCACUGCUUUUAAUUUUAUAUUGAGACAUUGUAUGCAGAGAUACCCUUCACAGGUGUGAAGCCUUGUUGUAUGAUAUACAGAACAUGUUUAAUAGUGUGAAUGAAUAUAAUCUCAGUGAAAAGCUACUUUCAGGCUGCCAAAGCAUGAUAGCAUGGUUUUCAGAUGUAAAUUAAUUGGACACCAAGAAAAUCACGUGUCACACUUGAAACGUGAAACCGUACUGGUUCUAUUUACUGCUGAUAUUACUAUUAUUGUUACAAUUUAAACUUAUGGUUCUUUUCCUUUCUCUUGUUCUGGUUCUUGUAUGGUCUACAUGCAUAUUUUGACAAACAAAUAUAAUUGAUUUUAUCUGGCAACAUUUUAUUUUAUUUUUUAAUAUAUCUCGAGAGAUAUGUUUUGGCAUUUGACUUCCUCAAUGAUACACACAUUGUAAGCAUGCCCUAUGGGACAAAUCUUUUUUUU